AUGUCUGUAGCCCGAAUACCUUCUCUCGACGAGGAUGCCCUCUCUGCAGUCAUGGCAUGCGCCGACGAAGUAUCGCUAUGGCGGGCAAGGGCGGUAUCGAGGGAUAUGAAGAGGAUUGCGGAUGAGAAGUUGAAGCCUUUUCUGGCGACCAAGCGGGUGGUUUCUCGAACUGCAAAGGAGAUCGAUGUGUAUGAUUAUGACCAGAGCGGCUGGCAGGGGAAGCAGGACGACCGAUACCGGAGGGAGCUCAAAGCCAUACACGCCCGUUUUUCCCGCCACCUCCUCGCUUAUCCCCUCUCCUCCUCGGAACUCCAGCGCCUAUCACUCGAAAUGCGCGACGAUACUACCUCGGGCUGGUCACUGCUCAAGGAGCUCGGUACUCAGCUGAAAAGCCUCCAGCUGGUAGUCCACGAUUCGAUGGAAUACUUCGUCUGGAAGGACUACCUUCGUGAGGACAGCUACUGGGAGGAGGAUAGCGGGUCGGAAAGGAGCGGCGUACCUCUUGAGGAAGCGGUGGAGGAGUCAGUCGCUCCACCGAUGUCAUGGGCGCGGUGCCCUCGGUUCGAGAACGUGACAACUCUCUCCCUCAUUGCGACCGCUCGGAUCACCAAUCACUUCGUCGCGGCCGCUUCAUUCUUCCCCAACCUCCAGGACCUCACAUUGACGUGCCCAUAUUACGACAUGUACCAUCUGAUCGACCGCGAUCGGCUCGAAUGCACGGUCACAUUCCCGCUCCUCAGGCGACUCGUCGUGACCGGCGCUACGGACGUAAUGUUUCACGCCCUCGACACACUCCUCUGCUGCUUCCCGAACAUCGAGACUCUCGUCCUCCACGUGCCUGACGAUUCCUCCACCGACAUACAGCGUGCCAUCGAGGCCAUCUCCAUGCUCAGUAACCUUUCAAGCUUGUCAUUUUACGGCCAAGCAAAGUUUGCAGGGAAGGACCUCGUCACAUUCCCAAUCCUCGAAACCAUCGUCUACGUUGAUAUAGGGUAUCGGGUUCCGUUCGACACCAGCCCGCUGGUAGACUUGGACACUCUCGACGCGGAGAAGGAACCGGAUUUCGCAGACUUUUACAAAACGUCCCAACUCCAAAAGCUAUUCGCGGCGCAACCCUCCCUCCAGCAGGUCUACUGGACCCGGCAAUACCCAUCGGACCUGCUCGCUAUCACCAACGACACCACGACCUGGGCGGCCCAAGGUGUCAUAUGCGGUGUCCGGCGGUAUUCCGGCAAUAAGACCCUCUCGAAUCAGUUCGUCCAGUAUAUCCCGAUCAAGAUUGGGCGGUCUUCGGGAAUGCUCAAGGCGAGGCGAAUGGAGGUCUGCGUGCCUGGAGAGGACGUGGAGGAGAAGAUGGGCAUGGCUGGGGAGAAGCGGAGCGGUUGGGGUUGUCGGCGGGUGAAGUCACCGAAGGCGUCCUGA